AGAUGCAACACUUCCCCUUUCUUUCCAUCUGUCUCGCUCGGUCUCUGCAGGAAAACAGGUUCUUGAAAAUAGCCUUUAAAUAAUACAGUUCCUAAUGAAAUUGUUUUUCUACAUUAUUUACAUAAUUAUGACUUCUACAAUAUGAGACAACGGAACAAGGAAUUGCUGAUUAGAAAAUGAGUAAGACAUUAAAGAGGAGAACUGAAGGGAUAUAGACUACUUCUGUAUUGGAGAAGAAUUCCUACCAUUAAAACGACAUGAAACUAGGAGCUCUUCUGCUGCUGCUUCUGGGGUCCUUGCACGGGGUGUUCACUCAAGUGCCUAUAACUGCAUUUACUGAAAGAACAGCUGUGGAGGAAGGUCUAGGAAGUGGUCUGUUAGAGGUGGAACAGGAGGAUGAACUGGCAGACACUUACUGGUCUGGGACAGCCCCCCUUUGUUUCGGAGGGUGUAAAGGCAGACACAGGGAGCUGAAGAGAGACAACUGUGGAGAUUCAGACUGCUGCUGGGUGGGAUAUAAAUCCCUGUGUAGAGUGAAUUGUGGAAAGCCUGAUGUGGACUUUAAUGGGAUGGUGUAUGGGAGUGAUUGGUGGGUGGGUUCUGUAGUGCGGUACGACUGCAGACCAGGGUUCGUGUUGUUGGGAGAUCCUGCCCGAGCCUGUCAGUCCAAUGGGAAAUGGACACCCAAACCAUCCUGUCUUAGAGUGUGUUAUCGUGGCCGGGUUGAGAUCAAUGAGAAGGACAUCGACGGGACAUGUUCGUCCACCUGUCCUGAUGCUAAAAGCUAUGCAGUCCCUCUGAACCACAAAUGCAGUCGUAUUGAGAACUGCAGAACUAAAGAAUCAGGCUGGAAGCGCUGGUUUACACGCUGCAACUACUGCGACUGUGACUGCUUCACUCCCUGUGCUUUACAGGAUAGAAGAUAGUGAAUCUGUAUUCAUUAUCCUCUGGAAACAACAGAAUUAAUUUUUAUUUGAAUGUAAAGAGAGAGGCUUGACAUGUAACAUUAACAGAACUUGUCAAACUGAAUAUAAAAGCAUUUUAUGCAUCUCUAGAUCCUAAAUAUCUACACAACUGGAGACCUUUAUUUUAAUCACUGACUACAAAAGCCCAGAUGUCUGGAAAUGUCGCUGUUUUCCUUUAUGUGUUUAGUAGUACAGAUAUGUAAUGUACAUUUGAUUGUAUAGUUAGUUUACAACUGUGGAAAGAUCAGAGAAACAUUUCUGUUCCAGUAUUAUACUAUUGUAGAUCCAAUGAAAUUAUUAUUCAUACUCCUUGCAUUAAUAUAGUUGAUCCGAAUCAGAGUGAUCUCUUUUAUAACCACAAAAUAUAACCCAUAACAGAAAACAAAUGUCCUUUUAGUCCCAAGUGGUGAAGUUCAUAAUGAAAUUCUCAUUUUUCUUGGGUUGGUAGCAGCCAAUUCCUGCAAAAGUUUGUGGAAAUUUAUUUUGUUU